AUGCUUUUUGCUGCUAUUCCAUCUAUUUGUGCAUUAAGUUCGAAGAAGAUCUCAAUCUAUAAUGAAGAAAUGAUAGUAGCUCGUUGUUUUAUAGGCUUCAUCAUAUUCAGUCGGAAGAGUUUAGGUAAGACUUUCAAAGUGACUCUCGACGGGAGAAUCCAGGCUAUUCAGGAAGAAUCGCAGCAAUUCCCCAAUCCUAACGAAGUAGUUCCUCCGGAAUCUAAUGAACAACAACGAUUACUUAGGAUCAGUUUGCGAAUUUGUGGCACCGUAGUAGAAUCAUUACCAAUGGCACGCUGUGCGCCUAAGUGCGAAAAGACAGUGCAAGCUUUGUUAUGCCGAAACCUAAAUGUUAAGUCAGCAACACUUCCAAAUGCCACUUCUUCCCGUCGCAUCCGUCUUCAGGACGAUCUAGGCACAAAGUUUCACUUAUUAGUUAGGAGGAGAUUUUGCCCCCAGUGUAUCUCGAAAGCAGAAAAAAUAGAACUCAUUCGAGAGAGCUUGGUGGUCUUAAGAAUGGUUCGGGUGGGGGGUUCUCUUAAGAAUAAAUAA